AUGAAGAUUUCAUGUGCUAUCUAUCUUGUGCUUCUCGCUAAAACAUCCUUGUCUCAUGCCUCAAAGCCGUCUGGAGCCGAGGGAAAUGACACUAGAGACGAGACACCUGUUUCCAGAGGAAAUGAAGUGUCUAAUGAAGAACACGGAAGCGGUCUAGGUGCUUCUGCUCCAACUAAAACUCUCCCAGCUAAGGGAGGAAAUGUUGCUACUGGUGGAUCUGGAGAUCAGUCUUUUGACAACUUGCAGGGCAAAGCUUUUGUAGCACAUUAUCAAGGGUUUGAAAGGCAACCACUGCCACCUACUCUUACCCUCGAUAUCUUGCACCCGCAUGAUUAUGUAACACUGACAGAUAGAGAUAUCGCUUUUUCCGGGGACUGGGAAAGAACAUUUCACUAUAAGUUAGGUGAUUUUACUGAAGUUUCAGAAGGAGGACAGACAAUAUGGAAAGCUGGGAAUGAUGGUAAGCACUGUUCAUUUGUGAGAACAGUUAUUAAUGGCCAAAAUCCUAAAUCCAUGUCAUUGAUUGUCAGAGGUAACAAUGAAGUUGAUGUACAAUUUUUCACGAGAGAUGAUAGUGGAAAAUGGAAUCAUGUGCCAAAAAAACAUGUGCUCUCUGUGCCAGAAAAUGGUCAAGGUACUAAAGAUACUACUGCUGAAGAUACUGCUCCUGCUUCUAAACCCACUGAAGUUCUUGCUACUCCUACUGCUGAAACUACUACUGAACAAACUACUCCUACUCAAGCUGAAUCUGGUGAUAAUCCUGAUGCUAAACCAUAUGAAAGUAAGCAAAAGGUACAAGCUCCCAAUGAUGCCCCUGCGGAAAAGAAAAAUAACAAAGUCUAAAACAUAGGGCUACCCAUAACAUUCCCACUGAUAAAAAGUUACCUUGGCAUAGAAAUGGACAAAAGAUCGCAAAUGGCAAAUCAUAAAUUCAGACAAGUGAUAAUGGGUUCGAAUAAAAUAAAUGACAACACGAACACGUGGCACUCGCUUUAAAAGUAGCCCUAAUUUGUCUGACCAUU